CGGAGCGGAGCGGAGCCGGGCUGCGGGAGCGGGAGCGGCAGCCCCAGCCAUGCGAGCGCGGCGGGACAAGCUGAAAAUCCCCGCCUUGACCUUGGACCUGUCUCCGAGCAGCCGCAGCCCGCCCCUGCCGAGCCCCUGCAGCCCCUGCAGCCCCUGCAGCCCGUUACUAACCCUGCACCCCUGGAGCUGCCGAAGCAGUAACAGGAAGAGCCUGGUGGUGGGAACGCCGUCUCCAACCCUAUCGCGUCCCCUGUCCCCACUGCCUGUGCCAACAGCCGGGAGCAGCCCUCUGGACAGUCCCAGGAACUUCUCCACCAGCGCCUCCGUCAACUUCCCCUUCGCUCGCAGCCAUGCUCCUCGGACUGAUAGGGCUGAUGGCAGAAGGUGGUCACUGGCUUCGUUACCCUCGUCUGGCUAUGGGACUAACACCCCCAGCUCCACGGUCUCGUCGUCCUCGUCCUCUCAGGAGCGCCUGCACCAGCUGCCGUACCAACCCACCCCCGAUGAGCUGCAUUUUCUCUCCAAGCAUUUCCGCAGCACGGAGAGCGUCACGGACGAGGAGGGCCGGCGCUCGCCCUGCCUGCGGCCACGAUCCAGGAGCCUAAGCCCGGGACGGACGAGUGGAACGUUUGAUAACGAGAUUGUUAUGAUGAAUCAUGUCUACAAGGAGCGGUUCCCUAAGGCCACGGCACAGAUGGAGGAGCGCCUGCAGGAGACCAUCACCAGCUGCUCCCCGAGCAGCACCUUGCCCCUUGCUGAUGGGGUGCUGGGGUUCAUCCACCAUCAGAUCAUCGAGUUGGCCCGAGACUGCUUGGCUAAGUCCCAGGGAGCCCUCAUCACCUCGCGCUACUUCAUGGAGCUGCAGGAAAAGCUGGAGAAGAUGCUGCGAGACGCCCAGGAGCGUUCGGAGAGUGAGGAAGUGAGGUUCGUAGACCAGCUGGUGAGGAAGCUGCUGAUAAUAAUAUCUCGACCGGCCCGCCUGCUAGAGUGCUUGGAGUUCGAUCCGGAGGAGUUUUAUCACCUGCUGGAAGCCGCGGAAGGCCAUGCCAAAGUUGGCCAAGGGAUAAAGACCGACAUCCCGCGCUACAUCAUCAGCCAACUGGGGCUCGCUAAGGACCCCCUGGAGGAGAUGGUUCAGCUGGAUCAGUUGGAUGGUGGGAAUACUGUUGCUCCAGAAGCGGAUGACCCCCCCGAGAGCCGGGCUUCAGCUGCCACUUAUCGAAGGAAACCAUGCGAGAGCGACUUUGAGACCAUCAAGCUGAUCAGCAAUGGGGCCUAUGGGGCGGUGUAUCUGGUGAGGCACAAAGAGACCCGCCAGCGCUUUGCCAUAAAGAAAAUUAACAAGCAGAACCUGGUUCUCCGGAACCAGAUCCAGCAGGUGUUUGUGGAGCGGGACAUCCUGACUUUCGCCGAGAACCCCUUCGUGGUCAGCAUGUUUUGUUCCUUUGAGACCAGGAGGCACCUGUGCAUGGUGAUGGAGUAUGUGGAAGGGGGAGACUGCGCCACGCUGCUGAAGAACAUGGGCCCUCUGCCAGUUGACAUGGCCAGGAUGUACUUUGCUGAGACUGUCCUUGCCCUGGAGUAUCUCCACAACUAUGGGAUUGUGCACAGGGACCUCAAGCCUGACAAUUUGCUGAUCACGUCGAUGGGUCACAUCAAGCUGACAGACUUUGGCCUGUCCAAGAUCGGGCUGAUGAACAUGACCACAAACUUGUACGAAGGACACAUGACGAAGGAUACUCGGGAGUUCAUGGACAAGCAGGUGUGUGGCACACCCGAGUACAUCGCGCCAGAGGUGAUCUUAAUGCAGGGCUACGGGAAGCCAGUCGACUGGUGGGCGAUGGGUAUCAUCCUGUACGAGUUCCUCGUGGGCUGCGUCCCCUUCUUUGGUGACACGCCGGAAGAGCUCUUUGGGCAGGUGAUCAGCGAUGAAAUCAUGUGGCCUGAAGGAGACGAAGCUCUUCCCGCGGAUGCCCAGGACUUGAUCAUGAGGCUGCUGAGGCAGUGUCCACUCGAACGCGUCGGCACUGGAGGUGCGCACGAGGUGAAGCAUCACUCCUUCUUCCACAACCUGGACUGGAACGGGCUGCUGCGACAGAAGGCAGAGUUCAUCCCCCAGCUGGAGUCCGAGGACGAUACCAGCUACUUUGACACUCGCACGGAGCGGUACCGCCACGUGGACUCCGAGGAUGAAGAGACCAAUGAUGAGGAGUCGUCUGUGGAGAUUGGUCAGUUCUCCUCGUGCUCCCACCGCUUUAGCAAGGUGUACAGCAGCUCCGAGUACCUGGCAGCUCACUCAGCCCUCAGCCUCUCAUCUUCUGAGCGAAGUCACAGCGAGGAGAAGGAGGACAGGCCGGAACGGUGGGACAGGAGCUCGGGAGAUGAGGAGAAGAGCCGGGUGUCGAACACAGAGGCCAGGCUCCGCUCAUGGACGUCCUGUGGCUCGACACCCUACUCCUCCCGGCACGAGCGAAGCCAUAGCCCGGCCACCUUGACCAGCACCUACAGCCUGGAGACCAUGCCCAAGUUUGCUUUCUCCUCGGAGGAUGAGAGCCCCUGCCCGGGCCCGAAGAAGCGGGAGCGGCCAGUGUUUGUGCUGGGAGACCCUGAGGCAGGGGCAGGAGGAGCAGCAAAGUCUUCCACGUUGUCGGCUGAUCUCGUCAAUCUGAACCGCAUCCGCCUGCGGAGCAACAGCACCGGGACCAAGAACUCCAGCCCGCGGGGCCUGGAGCCCGGGGCCGGCCGCCGCCUGGGCAGCCAGAAGGAUGCUUCAGAGAGGCAGAGGGCAUCCCUGGGGAGCAGAGUGCCCAAGUCCGCCUCGGUCUCAGCCCUGUCCUUGAUCAUCACCUCAGAUGACUGUGGGAGUGGAGCCCUGAUGAGCCCCAUCUCGCCCCGCUCCCUCUCUUCCAACCCUUCAUCCCGUGACUCCUCCCCGAGCCGAGAUUCCUCCCUCACCAUCACCAGCCUGCGACCGCCCAUCACCAUCCACAGCUCCGGCAAGAAGUAUGGCUUCACCCUGCGUGCCAUCCGGGUGUACAUGGGGGACAGCGAUGUGUACGCAGUCCAUCACAUGGUGUGGAGCGUGGAAGAUGGGAGCCCUGCCCAGGAAGCAGGGCUGAAAGCGGGUGAUCUCAUCACACACGUGAACGGGGAGUCCGUCCUGGGGCUCGUUCACAGGGACGUGGUGGAGUUACUGCUGAAGAGCGGCAACAAGGUAGCUCUGCGAACCACCGCCUUGGAGAACACGUCCAUUAAAAUCGGGCCCGCUCGGAAAAACAGCUCCAAGACCCGGAUGGCCAGAAGGAGCAAGAAAAGCAGGAAAAGGGACAGCCAGGACCGGAGGAAAUGCCUCUUCAAGAAGAUCUCCAAGCAGUCAACUGUUCUGCACACCAGCCGGAGCUUCUCCUCCGGCCUCCAUCACUCCCUGUCCUCGAGUGAGAGCCUCCCAGGGUCUCCCACGCACAGCCUGUCUCCCGGCCCCACGACUCCUUGCCGCAGUCCUGCUCCAGACCUCCCACCAGACGCUGUCUCCCCGCAGAGCACGUCCCCCUCCUCCAGCACCCCCACCUCUCCCGCAGGACACAUCAGACCGAGCUCUCUGCAUGGGCUAGCACCGAAGCUCAGUGGUCAGCGCUACAAGGUGGGGCGCCGGAAGUCCACCAGCAGCAUCCCCCCGUCCCCUCUCGCAUGUACCCCCGCCUCGGUCCCGCAGCCGCCUUCUCCCCAGAGGUCUCCAUCACCACUGCCGAGUUACACCAGAAACGUUCACUCCUUCCAGGGCAAGACGCUGUCUCCCCCCACCAUUGUUAGGCAAGUGUCUCGGCCCAGGAGCGCUGAAGGCCCCAGGUCCCCUCUGCUAAAGCGAGUCCAGUCAGCAGAGAAAAUAGUCAGCUACAUGGCAGAAAAGAAAACGGUCAGCAGUCGGAAGCUCACGCUGGAAAUGCCUCCGAGUGAUGGGGCAGGGGAGGAGCUGGGCGGGGGCGAGAGUCCUGUCCCGGCUCUGCCUGGGGAGCACGGUGCGGGGGCCUUCCCAGGGAACCCCCGGCUGAGGGACUGGCCAGGGGAGAGGCACGACCGAGACCAGGAGCUUGUCAUUAUGAGGAGGCUGAACCUGUCGGAGCGCCGGGACUCGUUUAAGAAGCAAGAGGCUGUCCAAGAAGUGAGCUUUGAUGAGCCCGAGCUGCUGCCAGUCAGCGAGGAUAGUGUGAAAGCAGAGCCCGAGCAGGACAGCGAGUGCAUGCUGUGGAGACGUGUUCCUCACACAGCUUCCUGGGUGGAGACCAGGCAGCGGUCAGUGUCUGGGGGCUCUCCAGAGCCCCCCAAACCAGAGCAGAAGCCCACGCAGGUGCCCCAGAUAGCAGUUCAAGGGUCAGAGAGCGAUGAACAGGAGACUAAUGCUGCCGAGUGGGAGUGCCAAGGGUCUUAUCCCAUCCAGCUGAUGGCCAGGGUGUACACCGAGCAAACAGACGGGACUACAGCCGUGGAAUACAAGAGUGUCUCCUCCCAGCGGAGAGACAGCCGGGAGCAGAGAGAGCUCGGUGCGUGGCAAGAGCCCUCGCCAGCUGCCGGGCCCUUGCACAGGACCUGUAGUGGCGAGGAAGCGGUGGGCUCCCCGCGGCCAGCCCAAGCCUCUUCUGGGCUGCUGUUGCGGGAGACCACCGGGACCCAGGAGCACGAGUGCACAGAUGCUGGGAUGCCCAAAGCAAGCCAACAGGAAUUGCACGAUUGCACUCGCAAAAAAGCCAAGGAUGAGUAAUGGCCGUGGCUUAAGGGAAAAACCCAGCUGCACGUGAGCAUGCAGCAAGGUGAGAGGGUUUCAGCUCUGCGCGGACUCUGCGGGGGAUGAGCUUUCACAGAAGCACGUCCAUGUCAGAGACUGGUACGCCGCCCGGUUGUGCUGCACGCUUCCUUCUGUACCCGUGUGUUGGACUUUGACCUCUGUGAGACCGUGUGCAGCGAAACAGUCUGCAUGUCAUCCCCGGCGGGGGGUGGGUACGACCCAACGACUACUUAUAAAAGGCUUUUUGUACUAACUGGAAAGAUGUCCCUAUUUUUGUAGAGCAACGGCAGGUGGCUUUUUUGUGGUAACGGCAUUUUUGUGACAGGCUUGAGGGCUUUUGUAAAUAGAAAGGACUGGAUCCAAAUCUUUAGGACUAAUUUAUUACUUUUAUAAGCUACGAGGAGGAAUUGUGAGAUCUGUGUGGGGGGGCUCCCCUGACCUGUGCUGGAGAGGGAGUCACGGUUGUUUUCCAAGUGGUUCGUAGUCCCGCCCCGACGGGCACCGUUGGUUUCCUGACACUUCUGCGGACCACUUCUUGCCCAUGCUAUUCCUUUGACUCCAGGUGGUCAGGCCCACAGGGAGUGGUGCGGGGCUGAGCCGUUAGGCGUGGGUCCUGGGCCAGGGUUAGUUGUGCUGGGGCUCUGAUCAUGCAGGCAGGUAUUUUCUGUCCCCCUUCCUAGAAGAGCUGGUCUCCCCUGAAGGAAACAGUGCUUGAUGCUGGUGGCAGGAGUGUAGGCAGUGCUGUUCUGGCACAGACUAGACGUCCAUCUAAUUCGGUGCCCUGCUCUCUCCAGCACCCAAUUCCAGGUGCCUCGGAGUUGAGCACAAUUUCCCCUUUGUUCGGUGUGGUUGGUUGGGAAGAAAGCAAAGGAAGUUUAAUGGUUUGUAAAUCCAUUUGGACAAAAUUGGUUCCCAGCAGUAAUGGGGUUGCCUGGUGCUGAGGUCGCUGUUACCUAUUUUGCCCCCCUCGGGUUUUUUAGCCCUGUCUGGGGCCUCCUGAUGCUGCCGUAGCUCAGCCAGGGGGUUGCAGACGGAGGUGCGGCGCUCCCUCCCCUUCGGUGCGAGCGAGUCCUCCCUUAGGCAAGAGACCCGGGUCGCAAAGCUCAUCAGAUCUCUCCCGCGGUUCUGGAGUCCCAAGCAAGAGAGCUGGCAUUUGUCUUUUUCAGCCAAGAUUUCUGUCCUGCUCUGGGCAAAAGGGGAGGCCGUAGGGAUCAGGCUCCAGGCUGGGCUGGGCUGGAUGCCUCCUGCCCACGCUCGUCACUCCCUGCAGGGCUGAUUGUGCUGGGACCUGCAGAUGCUUCCCAGCAGCAGAGCGGGCAGCGGGCUCUGGAAGCGCACAGCGGGGGGUAGUCUGAACAGCGGCCCCUGGAAAAAGCCCACUGUUAGAAGUGGAGUCUGAGUGUGAUCGGAAAAUGAGGUCUGUUUUGACUGAAAUGAUGCUUCCUCCUUUGCCGUGAGACUGCAGCACGUGAGGACUGUUUUGCCCAUCUCCGGGCUGCGUUUUGCAGAGAGAGGCUCCAGGUCCUGCCCACAGGCUGGACCUGCCAGCAAGCCACCAGGUUCAGGUACCUCUAGCUGGCUUUCACCUGGGCUUACCUACCCCUGUUUCCCAGCUGGUUCCCGGUCCCAUCACAGCACGCUCCUGGACGGCAGCAGAGCAGGGAAACCUGUCUCCCAAAGCAUUUUACUGCAACUGGAAACCAGGAAGGAAAGCAGCCUUUAGCAUCACCUUCCCUGGCAGCAGUUGCAUACUUAGCCCCUUUCCAUUUCAGAAAGCCUCUGCAAUCUCUUCCCCCAUUCCUCCAUCCAAACCUUGCCCCAGUAAGCAAACCAUAACGGUUUCCCCUGCGGUUUCCUCACUUGCCACGUGUGUUCUUGCCCUGUUCCGUACAGCUGGGCUCUGGGCUCUCGGCAGCGGCCCCCAGGAGAAUAGGGCAGUGCCCACUGCCAGAGCAGUUUUUCCCUAUAGUUAAGUUUGCCAGGCUAGCAUUAGCUUAGCAUUUGACUUUUUCCUUUCCAUUUAGAGGUCCCCCCCCCCCCCCUUUUUUUUUUUUUUAAAGACAAGAAAGCAAAACAAUUCUCAGUGCUUGGACUGCCACAGGCUGCCCUGGGUGCGCUUUUAGAGGUCCAGGUGAUGAUCCUAUACUUUGGUAUUAAUGAUAGGGUUUUGUAAAGGGGGCUUAUGAAUAUCCUUCUUUAGAAAUCACAGACAAUGAGGGUGGGACGGGACCUCAGGAGGUCACAUCUAGUGCAACCCCUGCUCCAAGCAGGGCCAGCCCCAGCUGCAUCAUCCCAGUCUACCUGGGUCUUUGUAUAACACUAGUAAGGAUGGCAGCACUGACUGCACUGCCUACUCCUGUCCGCUGAAAUCUUUCUUCAGGCCUUGGGUGAACAAUGGGCUUGCAAAUAAGAUAAGAUAGGUAAGCUGGAGGUUUGCAAGAUCUGUCAGAUCUCAAAGCUCAUUCAAGGCCGGGUUUCCCUGAGCCUGAUGAAAAGUGGUGUUACUGCUCACUUGCAAACGAUUUGAUUAAAGAAAAUUCUGGCAACUUUCUUUUAAACGGGAUUAGUUUUUUAUGUACAGAAAGGGUUUCAUUAGAGGUUUUAAUGCUUUUUUCCCUUUUAAAGAGAGAAAUGAAAUAGUUGUGAGUCCAGAGAAAUGAAUCGGAUAGGCUGUCUUCUCUGACAUGUUGUGUCGGAGGCUGCGCUGACUAGGGGAAGCACAACUGGAAUUUGUUCAUCCAUCUCCCUCCUUCUCUGGGUUGCGUUUCAGUAUUUGGAUAGCAGCAUUAACCGUUUCUGUUGUCGGCUUGCCGUUCCUCUGCCGUGUUCUACAUAAACCUGGUUUCCAGAAACCACCUUGCGGGCAUGCAGCCAUCCCGCAGUCGCUCCUGGCCGAACAGGCCGAGCGCUUCAGCUAACGUCCUGACAAACUCCGCUCCGCGUUUCUUAAAACCAUUUUAAAUGGAAUUUCUAAAUUUGCUUCUCUUUUUGCGCUAACUGAUUUUGUAUGAAGUAAAAGUCCCGCUGGCAUUUCCCAGCCUUUCUAAUGUUUUCUAUGAUGUAAAUGGUUUACAUUUGAUAAUGCAUGUGGAUUUUUUUUAAUUGCAGUGUUUGGAGAAACUGACAGUGAGAGUAUUGGACUUCUAUGUCGAAAUGCACUUAUUUAUAUUCCCCCUUGUACAGUUUGUAUUACAAUGAUAUGUAGCCACGUGCACAGUUGUCAAAGUGGGUUUUUUUGUAUAAUACUAACGUCUGUGCUGUUCUGUAGCACAGGUCUCACUGUGACGUGAUGCAUUUUCCUGCCCCACGCUCAGAAGUAUCUCGUGACCCUGCCUUUUUGUUUUGAAUGUUUUCUUUUUCUUUGUGCAGUUCACGGAAGGCCAUUUAAAUUAAUUGCUGCUCCCGUGUUGAUCCUUGCAGUUGUAAAUCCUUAUAGCUGAUGCUUAUAGCCCACAAAACAAGCCAACACUUAAGCUGGUGACCAAAAGCAUGCGUUGACUCUGUCUCAUCGGCCUAUGGAGGCGCAGAAACGUUUUCUGGUCCUGGGGCUUAGUGAAUAAAAUAAUUCUGUCCCAGAUAAUGAUACAGAAUAAAAUGUCUUUGCUUCCAAAAGCCUCUCGCCAAACUUGCUCUGUUGUAACCCUAUUUCUUCAGGACUGGUUGUUUCCUUUUCCCAAGUCCCUCUUAAGAUUGGCCACCUGCUUGCUUCCUCGGCCUGCUGUCUGACCCACUCAAGAAGCUUAGCACAAAGAAACCGGCAUCUCCUGAAUGGAUCUCAAUAAACCAGUGAUGACAGGACUCUUUUGUAAAAGUAGAACUUCUAAUUGCGGGUUUGGGAUUUUUAUGGAAAAUGUCUUAAAAGAAAACAGGACCUGGUCUUCCUGUAUUGUAUUGAAGAUGGGUCUCAUGAAUCUAUUCAGAAAAAAUUCAUGUUGUAUUAAACGUGUUCCUUGACUUGGAAUGAAAAUGCGUCGUCCUCUGUGAAGUGAGUAACUUACCUCAGCAAUCGGAGCAGGCGCUUUCAAGAAUCAUUUUUUUAGUUGAUUUUUUGGGGUAUUUUUCCUGCAUGUUCCCGUAACCGAUCUUACGCCCCCGAGGCAGCCGCAAGGGCAACGCCAUGGGAAGUGACCGGUGUCUGGCUCUUCCUGCUCUUGUGAUUUCACGCCUAGACAAUGACUGACUGCCCAGCGGGAAGCAAAGCCUGCCUUGCACGAGCAGCUGUUACGACGAAGGAGCGGAAACGCGGCGGCUCGCGCUCCGGUCAGACGGGCACAGGGCGCAGCUCGGUCUGGUCUCUCGCGGAGGCAGGCGAGUGAAGGAGGCUGCCGGCUGCGAGGAGGAUCCCAAGGUGCUCGUGGCCGACAGCAGCCGCCCCGGUCGUUUGAACUGGUUGCGGUCCGUCAGCAGAUCCCGGCAUCGGCUUCGCUUCCCAGAAAGAGCUCUAAGGGUGGAUUUGAAGGAGGAUCGCGAGAUAUGUUUGACUAUGUCCAUACUUGAGAUCCUCCCAGAUACGAGGGGCAAAAUGGGGGAAAGCAAAAAGGUUCUUGCUUUAAAUAUAAGAAGGGGAGAGGGAGGCUGUCAUUGCUGGCCAGCCAGGCGCAGUAAUCUGCAUUUUAGUGCUGAGAUGUGCAUAGGGACAAAGACCUUUCCAGAUGGCCUAAAGCAUGAUGGCCUAAAGCAUAUGGUCCAUAUAGUGACGAGGCUGCUGAAGAAGAAUGUCUGGCAUUUGAAAGUUUGUCUAACUCCAUCCCAAGUACAUAGUUGGUUCAAUUAAAAAGAUAAUACCCAACUAAAUCCUUACCCCUCUUAUAAUUCCUGGACCAUCUGAGCUAUAACAUCUCUCGAACAUGACCAAGACUUCUGUACUAAGAAAUCUGCAUCCAAAUAAAAUGGGGAAGAUCGCCCUCUAACACCAACAAUUUAUUUUAAUGGAUGUAAUAUCACUUACACGACCAUAGGCAAAGUGUAAAUAAAGGCGGCAGUAUUGAAACCUU